GCUUUUAAAACCAAAAUGCAUAAAUACACAAUCGUCGCCCUCGCCGUGUUCGCUGUGGCUCUAGCAGCGCCGCAACACCAAGACCAACAGCCUCCUGUGGAGAUCCUCAAACAGGACUCCAUCGUAGGCCCCGAAGGAUACCACUUCGAGUUCGAGACAAGCGACGGCACCUCCCGCCAAGAGCAGGGCACGCUAAAGCAGAUCAGCGAGGACCACAAGGCCAUCGAGGUGCAGGGCAGCUACAAGUACACUGCGCCGGACGGCGUGGUGUACACCGUCACUUACACCGCCGAUGAGAAUGGGUUCCAACCGCAGGAGCACGUCGACCAGGGCCAGCAGGGACAACAGUACCAGCAGUACCAGCAAUAAACACUAACAGACUAAAUUGAUCAUUGGUAGAACUUAUCUCGUUGCAGUAAGGUUCACGAAUAAUGAGA